CACUUCUGCUCCCUUUUUCCAAUUUUGUUCCAUCCGUGCUUCCUCCCGCCAAAAUUCCUGCGACCAUGAGCAAUCCAUUGUCCCGGUAAUCAUCCGCUGCUGUCGCUGUUGCCUUUGCAACUGCGCGACCCCCCAACUGUCCUCCACCCGUUUAAACCCUAUUAUCGUUGGUUUGCGUGACUUCUGAGACAAAAACUCGGUCCUGACAACCCAUCGCCCAUUGUGUUAAUCCAUUGUGUGUCGGCCCUUUCGACUUCCAUUUCGCCAGCAUGGACCAAGAGACGUCCAUGUCGUGGUCCGACCAGCUCCAUGGGGAGUCCCUCAUGACUGUUCCCGGCGACGAUGAAUUCUCCAACUUCCUCGAGUUUGGCAUGGAUUUCUCCCGUCUGAAUGAACAUGGACAAUCUAGCCAGCAUCCUUCUCUUCCUGGGACUGUUCCUGGCUCAGCGUCUGAGGUGGAGAUGCAGACGGAACAAACCGAUCAGCCGUCACAAUUCAACCGCAUGAUGGCUGAUUUCACAAUGGACCUUCAGACCCAUUCCCAAGGCCAGAACCAGCGUCAAGCCCAAGGUCAAUGUCAGGACCAAGACCAGGGCCAGGCCCAUCAGGCCUACGGGAAUGCUGAUAUCGCUCCUGGGUUCUACUCACACGACCAUUCACAGCAGAAUCACCAACCGCGCCAACCAUUUCACCAGGAGCUCACGAGCCAGCCCUAUGUCUACGGCCAUCCCAUAAUCCCUCCCACCCCCAACAGCAUUGAACUCCAUGGAGGCGCCGCAAGAUACCAGCCACGAGUGGAUGAGGCCAGUGAUAUUUACGAUCAGUACUCUCGGAUUAAUGAAGAGCAGGCCCUUUAUACUCCUCUCGUCUCCCCGGCUAUGACACCUUUGGAAACUCAGCUCCGAUUCCCUGAAUACACGGUCCCCGGGGAGUAUCUCACUCCACUCACUUCUCCUGCCCUUGAAGCCCAGGGUCCAAACCACAAUUCCUAUCCUUUUCCGUCAAGACAGAUCUCUGAUAUGGGCUUUGUGCAAACACCGUCGGAUACUAGUGGGAUCCCAGGGACAUCCGCGCAGUCGUCGCCCGGCAUAGUCAGGAAGCACCGCCGGCGGCCGUCAGCUUCCACCAGGUUUUCAGGGCGGGCAGGAAAACCUUCUCCGUCGGUCCGGCCUCAAACGCGGAAGAAGCCCUUGUUGCAUAUUAAUUCCGGCGAGAUUCUCAAUGGGCUCUACCAGGAAAAUGGCUCCAAGCGGCCGCCCAGCAGCGGCAACAGCUUCCGAUUUAGCAGCAAUGAUAGCUCUGGUCAGGACUCGGUAUCCCCAGAGCCACUCUCUGAGCCAUUGAUGCCGCCACCUGCGCUUCCCCAGACACGAAAGUCUCCUGCACUAGGCCCGCAGGCCCCCAGCUCUCACGCUAGCGAGGCAGCAACACCCGCAACGCUUAUGCGCAUUCAAAGUUCACAGCAUAAACAUGACCCGACAGGCCAGUUUAGGGGCCAAGCGCAACUCGUCGCUGGGGAACCAUCUGACGAACUCAUGGAGGACGUUGUACUACCAGAGGCCGCCACUCCAACGACGAAACUUCUGACCAAGAACCGCAACAUCAGCACCAAUGUGCAGACUGAUGCUUCCACAUAUGCUGCUUCCGCCAGUGGAACGCCAUCUUUGGAACCCAAGUCGGGGACUCUCAACAAAGCUCCGGGUUUUGUUGCGUCUAGCCCAUGUAUUGGGGCCAUGUCUCCGCCCCUAGGGCCGAUUUCCAAAAAGUCGGACUCCAGGAACGGAACUUCCAGAAAACGGCAAAGCGUGAGCUCAUCACAGAUAAGCCCUCCACUGCAGCCUAAAAUCAGUCCAAACAUCAAGCCAAUGCUGCGCAGCGAAGGAAUGUCAAGCGAAGCUUCUGCCCUUUACUUGGCAUCCAAGUCAAAUUACCAACAUAUCUUGGAUGGCACUCUUCUUCCUGGGGUAUCCUACCCGGAAACUCUGGCGGAGAACCUUAGCUCAAAACGCACAAAUCACAAACUCGCAGAACAAGGCCGGCGGAAUCGAAUCAACAAUGCACUUAAGGAGAUCGAGGCACUUCUCCCGCCCGGAUUCGCCAGCGCAAAACUUGCUAAAGAGGCGGGCAGCAGCUCGAAGGUUGGCGAGAAAGAAAAGGCUGGAAAUCCCAUGAUUAGCAAAGCCAGCACAGUGGAAAUGGCCAUUGAUUAUAUUAAAGAAUUGAAGAGAGAGUUGAAGGAGGCCCAGGAAAAACUCAAGGCUACCGAAUCAAAACUAGGAGCGGCUGCCACAGUCAAAACGAAUGAAGACAGCGGUCAUGAUCCAUGUCCCAAGCAAGAGUCCACAGAAUCUGAGAGGACAAAAAAUGUCCAAGACGAUUUGAAGAACAACGACUCUGCAAGUUCAUCAACGGGAACAGCAAGUGCUAUAUCAUGACUGAUCACUCACGCACAAUUACGUAUGUUUACAGACGACAGGGAUUUACAUAUUUGUUGGAAUAAUGAGUACACAAAAAAGAGCACCAUCGGGUUAAAUAGAGUUUUCUUUGACUUUCGGGCUACCUUUUGACCUUUUGACCUCGUCUUCAGUUUCUUCCCGAAAACCCUCUUUCUUCUCAUUCUUUUUUUUUUUUUUUUUUGUUGCCAUUUUAUUCUUGGUCUUUACAAAUUCUCUAUCUCCAUUCCCUUAUGUCUAUCUACACCUAGCUUACUUG